GACCAUCCCCUUUGCCUUUCCCUUUCUGGCUGCACAGUUCCAACAGAACACAGGCCACAGAAAUAUCGCUAGAAACAGGAAACGAGGCUUCCCUGCUCUGGCUUGAAGCACCAAAACCUGUUUCCUUUCUCUGCUGCAUAUAAAAUUCUCGGCGGGGCAUUCUCGACAGGUUCAUUGUGAAAAUAGCAGCUGAGGACAAAGCGGCACAAAGAGCUUCCCUUAUGAAUCUACGAGCAACUUAUUGAAUGAAGAGAAGCUAAGAGAAUGAAGAAGAUAUUCUUGAUGUUUUUACUCUCCUUAGAAUGGAGAAGCACAGAAGCCAAUUCAACUGGCAAGGACUUGGUCACACCUGUGGACGCUGAUGUGGAAACAACUCGCCUGACUUUUACUGAAACACAAAGCCCUGGAGAUGUGGUGAUGACCCUCCUACCUCCUGCUUCAGAGAAGACAAUCACUGUAGUGAAUACUGACCAGGAUGGAAAACAUAGCACUCCUCUACCCAUGAGAGAGAAUCAAGGACUGCAAACUCCAGCAAACUCUGUACAGGAAAAUAAACCCUCAACCCUUACGACUCCCAAGAGAGGAAUUAGCGAUGACAGUCCUCCAAAUGCUAAGGUUCCAGGCUUAACUAAUAAUCCUUCACUAAUCAAUCCGAGAAACAGCCCUCUUCAAAGGGAUGCUCCUAACAGUCAAAAAGGCAUCACUGCAAACCGGUCUUCCAGGCAUAUGGACUAUAGUGGCAGCAAGGCCAGGCAGAACCCAGUCACCCAAAAACCCAGCUUUGAAACUACCCGGGGAAAGAACUGGUGUGCUUAUGUUCACACAAGACUGCAGCCCACCAUAGUGGUUGACAAUGUGCAAAGCUAUGUAUCGGGUAAAGCCAAGCCAUGCUCGUGGAUUACUGGGCCCUGUGGAACGAACUCCCAGUCAAGGACUCACCAAGCUUACAGGAUCAAACACAUGAUUGUGACAUCACUGGAAUGGAGGUGCUGUCCAGGAUACAGUGGAGGAACGUGUCAGCCCACAGCCCAACAGAACCAAUUGCUUAUACACAGCAACCAGGCCGAGAGCAAUGCAGCUGUCAAUGAGGGAACACCAGGAGACCAGCGGCAGCGGCGGCAGCAGCAGGACCCCAGCAACCCAGCAGUUGCACAAAAAAUGAAUGAGCAAAUUAACAGCCAGGAGAUGAAACUAACUUUGCUACAGAAGAAGGUUGACAACAUUUCGGUCGUCAUGAGUGAUGUGAGCAAGACACUCUCCUCUCUGGAAGGCAAAAUCAAUGAAGAUAAGGGCAGAGACUUCCAGGCUUUUCUAAAAGGUCUCAAGUCCAAAAGCAUUAAUGAACUAAUCAAAGAUAUUGUAAGAGAGCAGUUGAAAGUCUUCCAAAGUGAAAUGCAGGAGACAGUAGCCCAGAUUUACAGGAGUGUGUCUGUUCUGUCUGAAGACCUUGAGAGCACCAAAGAAUUAGUCAAGCACUUGAAUGCUUCUCAGCAAAAAUUGGCCACAGAGGUGAAAAAUAGACCUACGAGGGUGGAAAUCCUAGACAUAAGGACCCAAAUCCUGCACAUUGAGGAGGAGAUCAGCUUAACAUGUGAAAGUCCCAUCAAAGACUUGCAGGAAAAGCAGAAGACCAUGGAAAUUGCUCUGGAGCAUCAAAGUUCAAAGAGUGAUAUUUAUUAUGAAUCUUUGAACAGAACUCUGAGUCAAAUGAAAGAAGUGCAUGAGCAACUGUUAUCAGCUGAACAGGUUUCGGACCAAAACAUUCCUACAGCUGGCAAAUCAGUGAGUGAUAACAUUACAGACUACAUGAUUAGUCUACAUGACAAAGUGAAAACACAGAGUUUGAUGGUUCUGCAGCUCUAUGAUGACCUCAGAGUCCACGACAGCAAGAUUAGUAAUCUCACUGUGGCACUGGAGAUCCAGAGAGACUACUUACAAGGAGUGUGUGAUGACAGAUUGUCUGAAUGCAAGGUGGACUUCACAAAGCAACUGAAGGGUGCAGAAGAGAACAUGCAUUCUAUAAAGAGAACUCUAGAGAACCUUGUGUUUCCCUUGGAAGAUAAAAUAGACAAAAUGAAGGAGCAAGUUAAUGACCUCUGUUACGAUAUGGAGAUCCUCCAGCCCUUGAUUGAGCAAGGAGUGCCUUUCAGCCUUCCAUCAGAAUAUGAACAGCAGAUUGAAACAGAAGCUAUGAACAAAAAGCUGGAAAAUUUAACCAGUGUCAUGAUGAAUCUGAGUUCCACAGUCAAAGAACUUACCCAAAACCAGAAAGAGCUCAAAGGUCAAGUUCAGGCUCAUGAUGAAGUCUCUGAGAGGCGAAUUAAUGAAUGUUUUGUUCUAAUGGAGGACGGCCUAAACAAGACCAUGGUGGUUAUCAACAGUGCCAUUGAUUCUAUCCAGGAUAACUAUGUGCUAAAAGAAACACUGUAUACCUUCAAAAACGAGACGGAAACCUGUGCUGAGAAUAUAGAAAGUGUAUUGACAUUAAUACCUCAGUUCCAACAGAUGAAUGAAUCCCUUCAGAUACUAGUCAAUGAGAACCAGAAACGUGGCAUUACUUCAGAAAGAACUCGACCUUUUUCAGGUCUUUUCUCUGAUGAACCUGACAUCCCCCAUCUCAAAAAAGAUCACCAAGAUCUAAAUACAACAAACUUGCAAGAGUAUAAACAAGACAGUGGCCACCAGUUGCAACCCACACAAGAGCUCAAAGAUCACGAAGUUCGCCUGAAGGCCGUUGAGGCAAAGAUAGCCAAGUUUUUGGCAAACAACUGUGUCACAGAAAGAAAUGUCAAAGCUGUAGUAGCACAAAAGGACAAAAUUGUAUCUGCUCAGCUUCAGGCCCUGAGUUCCAGAAUCAGGGCGCUGGAAGCCAAAUCUAUCCGCAUCUCUGUGAUAAUCCCUCUGUUAAACAAGACAGCCUAUGAAGCACAGGGUUUGUGUCAGGAGAUCUUUGGAAGUCUCCAAAAAAUGAAUACCACCAUUCCCCGGUUAGUAAAAGGUCCUCCUUCAGACAGCUUGCUGUUUCAGAAAGGCUUUCAAGAACUCACCGAAUCCAUGCUGGAGAUAAAAGCAGGAAUGAUUCUCUCCAAUCUAACCUGGUAUGUAAACAAGUCCCUCGCUGAUGCAGUAGACACUGUGACCAAACGUCUGAAGACCACUCCUCAGGUUGUAAAAAAGCCACCAGGAAAAAAGAUACCAAUGAAUACCACCACAAACCAGGCUGGACGGAGUCAGAGAAACACAGAUACCACUUUGGAAGCAGGUGAACAUUUGAGCUGCAGUAGCUCUCCGUGCCAAAAUGGGGGGACCUGUGUCAACGAAAGGAACGGCUUUGUCUGUGCUUGCCGCUACCCUUUCGGAGGAUCCAACUGCAGUACAAAGAUGGCGGAGGAAGGCGCUCCAGCUGUAGAUUUUACAAAAGGAUCUUACAGGUAUGCCCCAAUGGUGGCCUUCUUUGCUUCUCAUACCUAUGGGAUGAAUUCUCCUGGCCCAAUUCGAUUUAAUAAUCUGGAUGUCAACUAUGGAUCCUCCUAUGUCCCAGCGAAUGGAAGAUUCCGUGUGCCGUAUCUUGGUGUUUAUGUGUUCGAAUACAACAUUGAAUCCAAUAGUCCGCUCAUCUCUGGCUAUCUGGUGGUCGAUGGAGUAGACAAGCUGGCUUUCCAGUCUGGAAACACAAAUAACAACAACUACAUUGACAGAGUGGUUACUGGAGAUGCCUUACUGGAACUGAACUAUGGCCAAGAAGUCUGGCUCAAGCUGGAAACAGGAAGUAUCCCAGCCAGAUAUCCACCUGUAACUACAUUUAGUGGCUACUUAUUGUACCGUACAUAAAUCAGACAUACGUAAAAGCUAUUCUCUACAAAGAGAAAGCACAAUUCUUCUCUAUUUCUAAAUCUGUUCUGUUCAAUAAGGUGAGCUUCGCUUAUGGUUGCUACCCUUUCUGCAGUUUAUCAACUGCACAAGAGGCAGAAAUGCUACGUGAAAUGUAUCUCUGUGCUGGGGGGAAAAGCUUUUAUCAAUUGCAUGUCUGCCUUUCAUUCAGUUGUUAAAGCAAAACAUCAUGCCAGAAUAUGAGGCUGUUCACACAACCAAAAACUGGAUAGGACAAGUUUCCGGUUGUGUGAACAGCCUCAAUAGGUGGCAACUCUAAUCUCAUUAGACCAUUUACUGAACUUUAAAUUUCCAAAACUCCAAGCUAUCCCAACUUACCUUUUGUUGACUCAGUGGAAAUCUUUCUAAAUUACUCUCCUUUUUACCCUGACAUUUCAUUAUCUGAACAUUUUCAAUAUGCUCUGACUUACCCAGCUAUUUGCACCAGAACAAGGAUAUAGAGCAGUUUAUGAAUAUUAUCGGCAAUGUUCAGGGAAUUUGAUUUCAGUAUCUUUUUUCAUUCAUGUGUUAUUGGCAUCUGGUUACACACUAGUUAGACCAUGCAGCUGCUUCCCUUUUGGGAGACCGUAGUUAUAAGGAAAGUGCCAGUAGGGUGAAAAAGACACAUGUGAUCCACUCCACCCAAAGGGAUGGAAUCUCCCCAUAUAUCUCCAGCCAACAUGGGAUGGCACCACAAGGAGCUUCUUCCACCAGGUGUGUUUCUGAGAUGACAGCCUUAGAAAGCACCUUUGAAAUAUUGGAUCCCAGUCCCAACCUGGCCAAGUGUUCUUAGAUCUGGGUCCUAACUUGCCCAGCUUGGCUAGAUUCAUACUUAGUUAAAGUUCUGUGCAUAGUCACAUUGGAUCAGCUUACAUUCUGUGCCAAAUAGUACAACCCACUGUCUUCCUUCGCUCAUACUAUAUUUUUUAAUUGGUUAUACAUGUAAGGCAUACAUAUAAUCAGAAAAGCCUUCAUUUAAACACUGGGAUUUCAGGAGGCGAUACUUAUCAAUACUAGUGUAUUUACUAGAGCUUUUAAAUAAAUUGACUGGCUUGCUUUUAACAGAUUAAUAAAUUAAUCAGCCUGCUAAAGCAAGGGUGAUACUUUCAGGAGACCAAUGAUUAUGCUUUCUCUUGGCUUUUUUAAAAAAGCAUUAAUUGUCAAGAAAAAUAAUCUUUUACAUUGCCUACUUCAAGAGAGGUAUAUGGGUUGCUUGUCCUCAGCAUGGUACACCCAUCUGCAGGGGAGAGCUUUGAUGAAAAUCUGAUUAAAAAUCCAUAUAUUUAAUCUGCAGUUCGUAAAUUAGAAAAUUAAUAGCAUCAAUUAAGGGAUUAACGCUUUCAUCCCCUGACUUCCUGCAGGACAAAAUUCACUGUGGUCUGAUAAGGAAUUCGUGAUGCUUAAAAUGUCAAGUGAAAAAAAACAGAAAAGCUGUGUGUGUGUGUGUGUGUGUGUGUGUGUGUGUGUGUGUGUGUGACCCCCACCAACACCACUGACAAUAGUUUCAGUCCACACCUGAUCCUGUCUUCUGUUUAUAAGAUUAAUCUUCAACACACCACGAACCCUGAAUGUAUAUAUUUCAGCCUCUUCUUCCACUGGUGUACCGUAUCUUUCUGUAAAUACUUAAAAUCCCCAGUUUGUCACUAACCUAUCCUAGCGUAUCAUUGAAUUUUAUCAAAUGUCUUGCCCACAUGGCUAAAUCCCUCCCCACCCCUUGUAUGACUUUGUCAGUUUAAUAACCUGUUUAGUCCCCUUUAUUCCUGCCAUGGAUAGGGCUAAAUGGCGUGGAAAUUACUCUGCAGAUGAAAUUCAAAUGACCCACCGGAGGCUGCAUCUUUCUCUUUAAAUAUGACUUUCGUUGCCCUUCCUGCCCUUCCUACUAAAUCCUUCAAGCCAGGUCUCCUUCUUCAGAGAUGCUAAUUGUUUUCUUCCUAAUGUUGAUUUCUGAUAGGUUCCCUUGUUAUUUUUGUUUUGUUUUUCCAGUUACAAAAAAAAUAAUUUCCCUAGAGCAGACCUGUGACCUAGAGGCCUUUCAAAGCAACACAUAAACAAAAAUAUCUAGAAUAAGUAUAAAUACUCAGGAUGCACUAGGAAUGAAAUACCACACCCAAUUUGCUUAAAAGAAAGAAAGAAAGAAAGAAAGAAAGAAAGAAAGAAAGAAAGAAAGAAAGAAAGAAAGAAAGAAACAUGCAUGCAGAGAAAGAAGUCUCCAUAGUUCUCCUUCCCUUGAGAUUUAACCAUUAUAUAUAUGGGUAGGUAUAACAUGAUGAGUUUUUAUAGACAUGAUAUUCUAUGGGUUGAGACAGGUAUUAUAUUUUAAAGACAGGUGUAACAUAUUAACCAUGAUGCUUCAAAACAACUUUUGUUUCUGUAUAGUGCCAGUUUUGCGGGGGUGGGGGGUUAGUGAUGGUUCAGUUUGAACUGAGAAAAAGCUGACUGUAGUGAUUGCCUGUUAACCACAUACCCAGGCCAUUAACCACAUACUUCCUCCUCCAUCACAAGAGCGGUUUUGCAACCAUUUUCAACAUGUUUAUUAUUAUUUUUGUAAAGUGCAAGAUGACAUACGUAUGAAUAAAUGCAUAGGUGCCACAUAAAACAAAAAGGUUCCUUCCUUUCCUUUCCUUUCAUCCAUCCAUCGCAUCUCUGCAGGCAGUGGUGCCACCACUAGUCAUAACUUAGUUCAUUCUCAGUAGGCUGAGAAUUCUCAAGCCUGCCAGGAAAAGUGCCAAAAUAGCACACCAUUUUCACUCCUGAGGACAUAGUAGACAAAGUGGAAGGAACAUUUCGGAUCAGCAUUAGAAAAUGUAACACAAAUUGCAGAGCUGGGUUUCCAGAGCAGGUGGCGCUGGCAAUAACCCCUCUUGGAAUACUACAUCUGUCUUCAUCCUGUUAUAAUCCAUUAUUGUUGUUGUUGUUGUUCACCCUUUUAUUAUUUGAUAUGGUUCCUAUCUUCUCAGGAGGAUGGUGUAGCAAAACAAAAAAACAUUAAUAAAAUUGGAGAAAAAUAACCAGGA